UGGGAUGUUGUAUAUUUCUCGUGCUUUUUGUUGUUUUGACAUCUUUCUUGUCAGACUGCAGGAUGAAGAUGUUGAAUCUGAACUGUAGGCUGAUUAACUUUCUCCAUCACCUGAAGAGUCGGUGUGGUCUGGCGUCUGAAGAUUGUGUUGACCUGAUGGACAGCAGCGGUCGAGUGAUGAACCUGGAUGUGAAGCAGCACAGCGAGAAUCCAGCCAGCUGCUUCCUGACAGAGAGACAACUCUACGUCCUGCUGCGGGUCCACAGAGACGAUGAAACUGGAGGCUGCAGAUACGUUUCUCUCCUGGACCACUCUAACCAGCACCAGCCUGAGCUAACAGAGCUGAUGAAGAAGCUGUCAAAGCUGAACAAGGAGCCAGAACGAAGGAGAGGAAGAGGAGGGAGCAAAAAGAUCUCAGUUAAAAAGAAGCAAUGAAUUAUUCUAAUCUUCUGUGUUCCAACCAAGCCCCCACAAUGGAGCUCUAAAAUUGAGUCAAACCCGGAAGUACCAAAAAUUGCAGUUCCACCCUCAUCCGCUGGGGGCUGGUGUCAGAAGCGAGCAAAUCCUCAUUGACUCCCAUGUUAAAAAUACCAAUUUCACAGCAGAAAUAAACAUGUUUACAGCCUGGUACCAAAACAUGUUUUUGGUUUAAAUGAUCUAGUUUACACUCAUGACAACUCUGAGGGGGGUGGACUUUUUUCUCACUCUUCUGUUUAAGUGUAUUAAAAGCCUAAAAUUCUGUAUAAUUAAUGAACAUCAGACCCACGUGACCGCAGAGCUAGCUCCGUGGAAAGGCCUCAGUAGAGCCUCGGUCUGGCCUGGAAACUGUUCCGGGAUUUUGAGUCUCUGUGUUUGUGUAUUCUUUUUUGGAUAAUUUUUGUGCAAUUGUUGGACAAAAUGACUUGCUGUGGCAUUAAUUGCACUAAUAGAGCGUCCAAGGAGUCUCCACUUCAUUUUUUUCGGUGAGUAAAAUUAUAUUUAUGUAUUUUAGGUCACUGCCGAGCUGAGCUUAGAUUUUAACAUGUACUGUUUGAAAUUUAAAUGUAAUAGGGUAAAACCCAGUGCAUUUAACAUAAUGCUGCACUUUAGAAAAUGGGUUGAAAUAUAUCAUGUUGGUGGAGCUGGGUUCCGACUAUCGGCUUGUGGAGCUCUCGGGAGACCGAUGUUUUCCACCCGUUUCUCCCCUCCCCGCAGCCCGGUGCAUCUCUGUCUGAUUGCGGCUCCUGUUUCCACCCGGUUCUCCCCAGCGGCAGCUCUGCGCAUCUCAGACCGCAGCGGCACUUGUCUGCUGUGCGGCUGCCAGCUUGUGGAGGUCUCGGAGACCUCUGUGUUCCACCCGGUUUUACCCAGCAGUCAGCCCGGCGUACCUCUGACUCAGAAGCUCUGGUGUUGUGCACAGUUAACUCCGGUUGUAGCUAGGUUGCUAACUCCGUUAGCUUAGCUCCCACCUCCGCGUUAGCUUUGGGUUAGCCAGGGUUAGCUUCAGAUUAGCUUGUAGCUAGUUCGACCGGGUGUCGUCAGUCGAUCCCAGCCUUACAGCCCCGCCCUCAGCUCCUCCUCUCUUCCCUUUUAUGGAAUUGUCUGGGCUUGACGGAACCUGUGACACGGUCAAAAUGGCGGUGGUGGCCACCUCCCAUUUGGCCUCAAAAAGUGAUAUUGGAGUCUAUGGAAACCCAUUGUCCAUAUAUUAAUGUUGAUGGUUCCAACUGAAGGAAUCAAUCUUCCACCUGCUCCAUCUAAUCUGAUCUUCUGACUUUAAUGAUCUGUUAGAUUACUGGGCCUCAGGAGGGAGAACGGCUUCUAGAACAUAACAAAACUCACAUAAAACAACUUCAGCAUUUGAGCUUCUAACGUAAGAAUAAACGCAUUCCUUUAUUGCAGAGAAAUGGCUGACGUAAUGAUUUGGGUAGAUCCACCCCAUUGCUACCUUUAGUUUUGUGUUUGCCUUGUAGAGGUUCUGAUGGAGGGAAAACACUCUGUCCUCUGAUUUUCUUCUUUAAUACACUUCAUCCCAUUUGAAGCACAGAUUUGUGUCUGCUGUGGGAUGGUGAAACAUGCGGUGGAGU